UCCAAAUAUCCCGUCAGCCGCGCGCAUCCUCUCGAGACUUUCUUUGGGAUACCAUCGAUUUUCAUCACUGACUCCCCACAGCUGAUUUGUAUCACACACGCACACACUCACACACCCACACCACGCUGCUGCUGCUGCUGCUUUUACACAUAUUUAUUUUCACAUCAAUAUCACAACUAAAGUCACACCAUCAGUCGGGUCAAUGUAUAUAGACGCGUUCAAACGGAUCCUCUAUGAAAGGCUGAGCUGCUUGAAGAGAAUGUGUGUGUGUCAGCGACAAGGCAGCUCAUUUGCCAUGUCUAAGACAGCGGUGAAGAAGCUGCACUGGCGUUCCAGGGUCCAGGACAGCUUCGUCCCUUUGCUCGGCUCGUCGGGGGAGCUCGGGCUCGCCAUUGGCGGCGGAGCGGAUUAUGGAGAGUGUCCCUUUGUUACGUCGGCACCGGGGGGCGGACUCACAGUGGGUGACAUCAUCCUAGAAAUUGGUGGGACACCUGUGUUAGGGAUGACAUUAGGAGACGUGCGUGGCGUUCUCAACUCCUGUCCCCAUCCCAUCCGCAUCAAAACUGUGUCACCAGGCUCCACAUUGUGCAAGGAUCUCAGGUUGUAUCUGAGCAAGUGCUUCACACCGGGCUCAGUGGACAGCCAGCUCCAGCAGGUCAUCCGAGAGAACCUCUACCUCCGCGCCAUCCCUUGUACAACCAGGCUGCCCAGAGACGGGGAAAUCUCAGGUGUGGACUACAACUUUGUCUCCAUUGAGGAGUUCUUCUCCUUGGAGGAGUCCGGAGCUCUGCUCGAGAGCGGCAAGUUCAAAGGAAAUUACUACGGCACUCCUCGGCCCGUGCACAUCAGCACAGAGAGCCCUCCCAUCACCUACCAGGAACAUCGAAACCUCCUCAGAAACUUCCGCACACGCAGCAAAUCGCUCAGCAACCUGGAGAAGAGCGUGGACGAAGGUGAAAACAGCGAGGACGACUCAGGCCUGUCAGGAGGUUCUGCAGGAGGCAUCAACAGCAGCCACCGCUCCUCCGGUCGGCCCCGAGCAUCCAGCAGCGGCGGGGACGGCAGCUUCAUCGAGAAUGGGGUGAUCGGCAGCAGACGUGGGGCCAGGGUGAGAGCGGCGAUGCCUGAUCACUGGGAACAGGCCUUCAGUGAUCCAGGAGAGUCUCUGUACUUAGAUCGCAACCCAAAGAGGACCAGCUGGCAGCGUCCUCGAGCCUUCAGCAGGGAGACCGUCUACAACAACGACUGGUUCACAGAUCUGCCUGAGGAUCUGCGUGGUUUUCCUGUGCACACACACUUGACCAAAGGAUCGAGAGGGUUCGGUUUCAACAUUGUGGGCGGGAGCAGGCCGAGGGAGUUCCUCCAGGUCUACAGUGUGACUGAGAUUGGACCGUCAGCACUCAAGACAGCGGACAUCCUCGUCUACAUCAAUGACGUCUGCGUGUUGGGAUCGUCUCACAAAGAAGCAGUGGAGAUGCUGAAGUCGGUGCCUGUGGGCCACAGCGUGGACGUCGAGGUCAGAAGAGGGUAUCCAAUGCUCUACAACCCCGACGGUUGUCCAAAGCAGUCCCCGCCAAGGCCACUGGACAGCGGUGCCUUCAUCCUGCCCCCCACCACCACCACCCAGCCUCAGCCUCUUCACCAGCGACCUCGCCUCCCAACACCCACCCACCACGCCCAGCAUUUCGACUUUAAUGGGGUCCACGGUGACGUGAACUACAUGGAACCAGGAGUGACUCUGGAUGCAAAUGGAAACGCGAUGUCUUUCGUAGUCAGGCAGCCGCCGCCGUACAGACGCUCCAGUCUGAGCAACACUGCCACGUUGUCCCCCGUUCGUCCACCUCGAUCCCUGAGAAGACUGGCCCGGCUGCAGUCUCUUGACCAGGCCAGCCAGAGCGACAGUGAAGUUGUGUCAGCGAUUGGCUCUCACAGGGCAUCAAUGAUUCGGAAUCACAACAACAACUCCCUCUCAACACCCCAACAUCAUGUACGAUACGGCACAUCAAAGUCGUCUGAGAGCGACCUCUCCACCUGCACCCUGUCCGGAUCCCGGCUGCCAAUGCCUCAGUCGCCCAGAAGACCAGCAGAGUCCUCGCCCGGCGGCCCCCGCAGCUCUCAGUCCCAUCUCUACAGACCGCAGACCUCCCACCUCAGACCUCCUUCCACCUCUGACAACCCCUACCACCACCACCACCACCACCACCACCACAGCGUCAACGAUUUCCAUGCCAACGCCAGCCCCACUGCCAGUCCAAACAGGGUGUCCUCUCCAGGAGCGAGGAGUGGGGGAGAGCUGGUGCCAGUGGUCCUGGCUCAGUCUGAAGGAGACGGCGGCCUCGGCUUCAGCGUGGCGGCCGGAGGUUCUGGAGGCAGGAUGACUGUUGUGAGAAGAGUGUGGGACAGGAAGCAGUGCAGCUCUCUGCAGCCAGGGGAUGCUAUUGUCAAAAUCAAUGGUGCUGAUGUUCAGAGUCUAAGCUUUUCACAGGUACAAACCGUUCUCCAAGAACACACCAAACUGGGAGAAGUCAUCUUACUGGUUCACAGAGGUAUCUAUCACUCGUCCGUCUCCCCCGGCUCUGGUCGGAGACUGCCACCGCCCCUUCUCCACCCACCUCCCCCACCCGACGACUCAGAAGACUCCACCAGACUCCCCGAGACGCUGCCUGUGCCCCGCACCUCCAUGAGCAUGCCUCCAACCCCUACACGAUCCUCGCUGGUCCAGAGCACCAGCUUCUUGGAGUCAAUCCCAGUGACCCUGACGAUGGAGCCCAAAGACUGGAUCAACACAGGCCUGGAGGAUGAGGCGGAUGGUGUCAUGGUGCCUGAUUCAGGUCUGGGGAGGCAGACUGCCGAACAGACCCGGCCACUGCGAGGGUUUGAUGUGGAGCUCAGGAGAAAGCCGGGAGAGGGCUUUGGUUUUGUCAUUGCCUCUCAGGAUGUGGAGAAUGGCAAAGCUGCUUCUCUCCUCCCUCACCGGUUUGUGACGGUCCGUCGUGGCAGCCCAGCCGCUAAAAGUGGGCAGAUCCGGCCCGGAGAUCGACUAGAAGCCGUAGAGGGACGCUCGGUGGUCAAGCUGCCACACCGGGAGCUCGCUCAGAUACUACGGCGAGCGGGAAACACCCUGAGGCUCACCAUCGUCCCCCGUCCAAGCACAUACACUUCAAGCCUUUCAGAAACAGCAGAAAAUGACCUCGGUCACAGGAGCAGAAAAGGUCAGCGGUCCCGUCCGAAGCGUGACUCCAGAUAUUACAGUGUGGACCUGGAUCGUGGUCCCUCAGGUUUCGGCUUUAGCCUCAGAGGAGGCAGUGAGUACAACAUGGGCCUCUAUGUCCUGGGGCUGAUGGAGGGAGGACCAGCCUCACGGAGCCAGAAAAUCCAGGUGAGCGAUCAGCUUGUGGAGAUCAACGGCGACAGUACAGCAGGGAUGACCCACAGCCAGGCUGUGGAGCAGAUCCGCAGAGGAGGCCACCGCAUCCACCUGGUGCUCAAGAGAGGCAACGGCUACGUGCCUGACUAUGUGGAGCUCUCCAGUUUGUCUCUAUGUAUGACCAACUCCAAGCUAGGCGAACCUUGCUUCUAUGUCAUUGGACGGACAGAGAAUACGCGGUUGGUAAUGGUUCCUGCCAUGAGCGCAGAAUCACUCCCCCCUCAGUCCUGCAUCACUCCAAGAAGCAGAGUUUGGCUGCAGUAGACUCCACUGGGCAGAGGGGGCGCAGCUCCAAGCAUAAGAGGAGAAGCAGGUCUGCAGAUGGACGCGAG